AUGGAGGAAAGGGUGGUUCCAGUUUUGUGCCUUUCAGCAGCCAAUAUAUUUGAAUAUCAGACAGAUUCCCAACCAUUGCGUCCAUGUGAACUUCAGAGGGAAAAGGCUUUUUCAGAAGGGGAAACCUAUGUUCCUCAGUGCUCAGAAGAUGGCCAGUUCAGGACAGUUCAGUGCACUAGGGAUGGUCUUUCCUGUUGGUGUGUGGAUGAGAAUGGCGUUGAGGUACCUGGCAGCAAACAGAAGGGAUAUCCCACAUCUUGUUUAUCCUUUUGCCAGCUGCAAAAGCAGAAGAUCUUGGUGAGUCGAUACAUCAACAGCAGCAGCAUCUCCUACGUACCUCAGUGCCUGGAUUCAGGGGCCUUUGAUGCAGUGCAGUGUGACACAGAGCUGGGUCAGUGCUGGUGUGUAGACCCAGAAGGAAUGGAGAUUUAUGGCACCAGACAGAGAGGAAAGCCAAAGCACUGUCCAGGGAACUGCGAGAUCCGAGACCGCCGCAUUCUGCAUGGGUUUGGGGAGAAGAGCCCACCACAGUGCUCAGCAGAUGGAGAGUUUCUGCCAGUCCAGUGCAAGUUUGUCAACACUACAGACAUGAUGUUUUUUGAUCUUGUUCAUAGUUAUAACAG